AUGGCAAAACGGAAGGUGGACACUGAGAACAGGGGGUUUCACACAAGGUGGGAGUCGGAAUACAUGUUCACGGAGGUUGCUGGAAAACCUGUGUGUCUUCUGUGUGGAGAAAGUGUGGCAGUAAUGAAAGAGUAUAAUCUUAGACGGCAUCAUGAAACUAAACACGUGGACAAAGACAAGAAUAUGGACAUGAAACAAAGGCUACAGAAGGUGGAAGAAUUAAAACAAGGUCUUAAAUCUCGGCAGGCUCUGUUCAGAAAAGCGAAAUCACAAAGUGAGGCUGCUGUCAAGGCCAGUUUUAUUGUGGCAGAAGAGAUCGCAAAAUCAGCCCGGCCAUUUACAGAGGGGGAUUUUAUCAAAAACUGUAUGCUUAAAGUUUGUAACGCAGUUUGCCCAGACAAAAGGCAACUCUUUUUAAACGUGAGCCUGAGUAGAAACACCGUUUCUGAGCGUGUAGACCAGCUAUCUAUCAAUCUAAAAGAGCAGCUUGUAAAAAAGGGAAAAGAUUUCAUCACAUACUCCCUGGCUGUGGAUGAGAGCACCGACACUUCUGACAUUGCCCAGUUGUCAAUUUUCAUCCACGGAGUGGACUCCAGCCUGAGCGUGACAGAGGAGUUUUUGGCAUUACAUCCUAUGUAUGGCACAACUACAGGACAUGAUCUGUAUGAGGAGGUGUCAAGAUGUGUAAAUGAGAAGGAGCUGCCUUGGGAAAAACUCAUGGGUUUGACAACAGACGGAGCACCUGCGAUGUGUGGACACAGGAGUGGACUGGUGGAGAGGACACGGGAGAAGAUGCAGGUGGAAAACGUCACAGGUGAGCUGACUGCUUAUCAUUGUAUCAUACACCAGGAGUCGUUGUGUGCUAAAGCCUUGAAAAUGGAACAUGUAAUGAGCACCAUCACGCACGCAGUUAACUUUAUCAGAGCCAAAGGUUUAAAUCACAGCCAGUUGAAAGCAUUUCUGAGCGAGUUAGAAACGGAGCAUGGUGAUUUGCCCUAUCACACUGAGGUGCGAUGGCUAAGCCAGGGAAAGGUGCUGCAAAGAUGUUUCGAGCUGCGUGAGGAGAUUUGUCUGUUCUUGGAAAGCAAAGGGAAAGACACAACACAACUCCGAGACGAAACGUUUCUGUGUGAAAUGGCUUUUCUGUGUGACAUCACGAGUCAUCUGAAUGCAAUGAACCAACAGCUGCAGCGUCGGGGUCGCGUCAUCUCUGAUAUGUACAGUACAGUGAAGGCUUUUAAAACCAAACUGACUCUGUGGGAGGCACAGAUGCGGAAAGAAAACUUGAGCCACUUUCCUAGCUGCCAGACCAUGAAAGCAAAACUCUCUACCAGUGUAUUCCCGAGCGCACAGUUUGCUGAUAAAAUUAGUGUACUUGCCGCUGACUUCCGAUGCCGAUUUGCUGACUUUGAAGCACAAAAAAGCAGAUUUGAACUGCUCAGUAAUCCAUUUGCAGUUGACGUGGAAAGCUCCCCACCAAACCUCCAAAUGGAGUUGAUGGAGCUCCAAUGCAGUGACGCACUGAAGGCAAAAUAUGCGGCAGUGGGAGCUGCGGAGUUUGCCCGUUUCCUCCCCGACACAAUGCCCAAGCUGCGCAUCCAAGCUGCUCAAACGCUCUCUAUGUUUGGCAGCACAUACCUGUGUGAACAACUGUUUUCUUUGAUGAAGCUUAACAAAACAUCACACAGAAGUCGACUUACUGCUGAACACCUUCACUCAAUCCUGAGGAUUUCCUCAGCUCAGAGCCUGACCCCGAACAUUGAUGAACUUGUACAAAAGAUGAGACACCACCAAGUAUCAGCCUCAGCCUCAGCCUCAAACAUGUAA